ACCAUUUCUCCUUCCACGCUCCUUUUCUCAACCUUCCACCACCGCAGCCAAACCCACACAACAUACCAUGUCGUCCAAACGCCUUGAAACCGCCAAAAAAUACAUCUCCAUGUUCGCCACUCUCGACACAACCCUCCUCUCCUCUGUCCUCGCGGACUCCGCAGCCCACACCUUCGCCCCCGCCUCCCUCGGCAUGAGCCGCGAACCGCUCGACAAAUCCACCUUCGUGCACCACAUUUCGUCUCUGCGCGAGAUCAUGACCGGGUUUCCCGUCUACGCGAAGCAGUACAUCGAAAGCGAGAGCAGCAACUCCGUGGUGGUGUGGGCGACGAGUAAGACGCAGUUUAGGGAGGAUGUUAAAGACGAGGGAGAGGGGGUGGACUGGGACUAUGAGGGCGAGUAUGUGUUUAUGUUUUGGAUGGAUGAGAGUGGGGAGAAGAUUGUGCGGACGGUGGAGUUUUUGGAUAGUUUGAAGACGGAGGGGUUGAGAGGGGUUAUGAAGAGGGCGAGGGCGAACAGGGAGAAGAGAUUGGGAAAGGAGGGGAAGGCAUGAGGAUUGCGAUGCUAAGGGUGAGGUACGUCCUGAGCUCGCUAGGGCGGAGGAAGUCGCAGUGUCGGACUACGUACUGUUGUGUAGCAA